AUGUCUGGUUUGGAAAUAGCUGGCCUAGCAGUUGGCGUUUUGCCUAUCCUUUUGGAAGUCAUCAAGUCCUACUCAACAAUAUGUGACAAGAUACGCACAUUCCGCCGCUGCACUCUGGAGCUUGGGGAUAUUUUUAUGGAAUUCAAAGCCAUAAGGGUAGUUUUCCUAAACGAACAAACAAGGCUUGAUCUUGAAGACUACAGUAACCAAAGGUGGGUAAACAAAGAGACCGAAGACCAAUUGAAGGCAGUAAUUCAAGACAACUACGACGUUUGCGAGGAUAUCAUUCAAUACAUCAGUCAAAUUCUUGAGGAGAUGGCAUCAGAACUAGAAAAUCUUGAUCCCUUUUUGAGCCAGAAGUCACCGACUGAGUCUCUCAAGAAAGUUUACAAACGUUUCAGCAAAACGCUGGAAUUUACUUUUAACAAAUCGAGAUACGAAAAAUGUCUUGCCAGCCUACGAGAUCGGAACAGUGAGCUAAUUUCACUUCGGUCGCAAGUUGUUGCUAUUGAGCAACAAGAAGUUCCUUCAGGUGUCUGUAUCCAACAUGUCCCAUUGCCUGGUCGAUUCAAGAUUAUUCAAACUGUUUCUCGAAAGCUUCACGAGUCUCCUUGUGGAGUUUGGCGUUGCGAUCAGCCCACGCACUGCGGACAUGACGCUAAACUAUGUCUCGAUGCCGAUGUAAAACAUGAUGUAACCUUGGACCUUGCUAUAUCUUGUCGCGAAUCCAGCUGUGUAGAUCGUUCUAGAUCCAAGAGUCUUGAUAUGUGCUCCGAAUUGGCUCUAGAACUACUAAAUCCUAUCGUCUCGAGUUCUUCCAAGAGUUUGAAGAAGAAGGCAUCUUGUGAUCUUUCGAAAGACUCGGCUCCAAAGAAAAAGGCUAAGCGUGUACAAUUUCAAGUAUCUACACCACCACUUCCAACAAAAGUACCCAACGCAGAUGUCCCUGGUACGAUAUUCACGUUUGGAGUUGAUCUCUGCAAGAUGAAGAGUAUUUGUGACUACCUGCGAGAGUGUUAUGAGGCACAACUGCUAAAGUCGGCAAAGGAAUGUAUUGGCUACUUGGAGAGCGCGCAGAUGUACAAGCAUCUUUUCUACCUCAAGGAGAGAACAGCGAAGCCACAAAUGAAUAACUCGACAACUUCUACCAUAUCUUCAAUCCAGGACGCGCUUAGACAGGAGGUGUACGAUGCUUUACAACCAGAGGAUCGCUUGAAACUAGCACAUAAACUGGCCGUUGCAACUUUACAGUACAACGACACCCCCUGGCUCCCUGAGCGAUGGCGCCUAGGUGAUCUCAGCUAUCUUGGAUCAAGAUCUUCGUUCAGCGUCGAAGCUCUUAAGACUUUACACUUCAACUCACAGAUAUCGCGGCCCGCUACCAUAGCAGAUGGUCAAAUGGAGGGUCUACAGCAAAACACUGGAACGAUAUCAGAACAAACGCGUUAUGGUAUUAACAAUACGACGCUCUUCUCCCUCGGUGUUGCAAUGCUUGAGAUUGCCUACUGGAUGCCGAUUGAAGAAAAGAUGACGGACAAGGAUGAGAACAAUCCAGUUUUCGCUGCUCGUAGACUUGUUCUAGAUCGAGGAGCCCCAUUGGGUCCAGAGUAUCAGCGAAUCGCACAAAAAUGUCUUGAAUGUACCUUUGGGUUCGGAAAAUAG